CGCCCAUCGAUCUGAGUGGAGAUAUAAGGGCCCGUGUCCACCUCUGUCCCUCAUUCUCUCACCAGAAUCUUCUCACAGCAACUCCUGCCCUGCCAGACAUCACCCGACACAUCCACAGAGAGACCAUGACCUCCACAAUGAAGAUCCGCAGCGGAGGUGUGGGAAGCUUCUCCAGCCGCUCGGCUGGUGGCAGCGUGGGGACACGGCGCCUGGUGAGCAGCUCCUCCAGCGUGUACGGUGGCGGUCUGCGAGGAGGCCACGGCAUCAUCGCCGGCGGCUGCUACGGGGGCGGCCUCGGGUACCAGAGCCACCACGGCCUGGGCAUGGGCAUGGGCCUGGGCGCCGGCAUCAUCCAGGGUAGUGACGAGAAGCAGGAGCUGCAGGGCCUGAACGACCGCCUGGCCGGCUACAUCGAGAAGGUUCGCAUCCUUGAGCAAGCCAACAAGGAGAUCGAGAUCAAGAUCAAGGAGCUGCUCAAGGGGAAAGGUCCGACCAUCAAGGACUACAGCAUGUACUACGCGACCAUCGAGGACCUGAGGGCCAAGAUUCUGGCCCAGACCCUGGAGAAUGCCCGGGUCAGCCUGGAGAUCGACAAUGCCAGGCUGGCAGCCGAUGACUUCCGUUCCAAGUGGGAGACGGAGCUGGCGCUGCGCAACUCGGUGGAGGUGGACAUCGCGAACCUCAAGUGCCUCUUGGACGAGUACAACAUGGCACGCAUGGGGCUGGAGGGAGAGAUCGAGGCCCUCCGGGAGGAGCUCAUCUUCAUGAAGAAGAACCACGAACAGGAGGUACAGGCGCUGCGAGCUCAGAUCGCCGACACGUCCAUGUCGGUGGAGGUGGACAACGUGAAGGGCGCCGACCUGGCGCGCAUCCUCGCCGACAUCCGGGCGCAGUACGAGGCGAUGAUCGCUCGCAGCCGCGACGAGGCAGAGGAGGCCUUCCGCAAGCAGCUGGAAACGGUGAAGCAGGUGUCGGUGCAGCAGAACCAGGUGACCAUCACGGCCAAGACAGAGCUGCAGGAGACGCGGCGCUCCAUGCAGGGGCUCCAGGUGGAGCUCGACUCCAUGCGCAGCAUGAUCCGCUCGUUGGAGGACACCCUCGCCGACACGGAGGAUCGCAACGCGCGAGACCUCUCGGGCUACCAGAACAUCCUGGCGCGGCUCGAGGCCGAGCUCACGUCCCUGCGCUGCGACAUCAACCGGCAGCUGAAGGACUACGCGGACCUCCUCAACAUGAAGAUGAAGCUCGAGGCCGAGAUCGCCACCUACCGCCGCCUGCUCGACGGAGGGGACACCAAGCUCGCCAACAUCACCGCGGGCCAGGCCCCGACGGUACUGCUUCCCUCGGGCGGCUCUUCCUCCACCGCCAACCACGCUGGCUUCUACACCACCGGAGGCAGCGGCGGAAUGGGUGGCAGCUCCAGCAGCACGAUGACCAUCACCCGCUCGUCCUCGGGCAGCCAGGUCAACUAGAGCAACGGACUUGCGGCACGCUGUCCACGAGAGGAAGGUGUCAUCGGUUUGCAGACCGCACGAGCCGAGGGUGACACGUGGCUUGCAUUUGCUUGAUCUUUUUUUACAUAGAAACUCUCUACAUCUCGACUCACACCGCGCGUCUCAACGGCAGCUCACACACGCGCCACAUCGGUGACACAAGGGGAGGGUGGGACCCGAGAAACGAUCAGCUCUUGUAGCUAAACACGUAAGGGUUUGUCCUGGGGUGUCCGACAGAAGUUUGAACCUUCGUGAAUCAUCAUAAUUAUUGUUUUCAAAAGACUUUAAAAUCAUGGCUAUCGCUGAACCACAAUAAUGUAAUCUGGAGUAUUCCGGAAAGUCGAUUUGACGUGUUUUUUUUAAACAUAAUUAACGAAUCUUCUAGCCCAUGUGGGAUAGUUCGGUGGCACGCAGGCUAAGUGUGUAGCUACAAGACAAGAGCUCUAUUGAUGACUACGCGUUAGGGCACAUCCGUCGGUUUUCCGUUUCUAUCCUUCCUCGAUCCGAGGGGCUGGCCAUGAGAUGGGACUCUCCUUGGCCACUGGGCUCUGUUUUUGGCCGUUCUUGCGAAGAGUUGUCCCACACCGAGCCCUGCUCCAGCAACAGCGUCAUCAAUCCCAGCCCUUCUGAGUCAGCCUUAGCCUCUGUGUCCCGUCUGAGACGUGAGUCACCAUCUUCUCCAGGAAGCCUCCGGGUUUCGGCAGGACGUAUCGCAGGAGACGUCAUCUCCGGAGCACGGCAGUAUUUUUUCGACAUCGACACGCCGAGACGUUUUGACUGAAGCGAGGGGACAUCGUAGUUUUUGUCAGCCAGGGAGAGGGUGGAGGUGUACCGUCAUUUGUGAAACUCAAUUUUAAAUACGACCAUCAAGAUGAGAGCGGUUUGUUUGUAUUAUUUUGGCCUGCGUUUUUAACGAAACCAAGAAAAGAUAUCUGAGAGUUCGGGUCAAUGCGUCUGUGGGUGUUUUCCAGUUUAAAACCCGUUCUCGCCUGCUACGACAAACUCAUCGGCAACACGCCCCAUCUCAGCAGAUUUCGGACGCCGAGCAGCGUUGAGCCUGGACAGCGCUGGCAUCGGUAACCACCACCACCACUGUGUGCAGGAGGAGGCAGUUGUGGGAAGUAGAGGGUGUUGCAUUACACUCCCCGCGACUACCACCACCAAACCUGCACUGACCAGCGUGAUGAAGUAUGGUUAAAUAACCCCCGCGGUCCGCAUGGUUAGGCCCUCAUCCAGCAGUGGAUUGGCAAUCACGGUACUGGGCGUGUACGUGUAAGAAGGCCGGUGUGAGCCGUGACGAGCACUGACGAGGGUUGUGGGAUGAGGUGUAACGGAGCCCCCCCCACCCCCCCCCCCUGUUACCCGCCUGCUUAUUUUCUGUACCGGAGAAAUCCACCCCGCCAAGACAUUGGAGCAAUAAAACGUCUGCAUGAACAAAUAUAAUGCUGUCAAAAAUGUGUGGUUUGCAACUCCUGCGUGUUGUUUGAGCAUGGCUUCAACGUGCACAUAGCCUGGCGAAUGUCGGUUGUUUGAGUAUGG